AUGGAGGGCCAGGUUGUCGACCUAAUCGUGCGCAUCGCGAGGAGCUACCCGGAUCCAGAUGGGGGACCCGAUUACUGCCACCUCGUCGCCCUUGGACCCGAUGGCUUCGUCCUCUGCACUUGCCUGCGGUUACUCUUCGAUGGUCUCGGCUGCCGACAUGCUCUCCGGGCCAUGCGUGAGACGUACUUCGGCUUCAACGGAGGGUGCCUUGCAACCCGCUGCCGUGACGGUGCGAUGCCGUGGACGCUGGCACACCUCGCCGUUAAGCGUGCGGUGCCAUCGAAUUCAAGUGCGGGGCUUCCCGGAGCGCUGCCUCCCGCUCCUGCGGAUCCUGGCGCUUUCUCCCACUCAAAACCGACGGCAAGAGCAAGCAAUUGGGCCAGCUGCGUCGCCUUCCGGAAGGAGGUCGCAUCUCUGAUGACAGGUCACUCCGUCGCCCCUUGCCAACGCGUCCUAGACAACCUGCUCAGCCACGCCAAGCAGCUCAUCGAGGAGGAGGAGGUGAGGACGCAGCACGAGGCCUCCACAAGCCGGAUUGUCAAGGGAGUCGUUGCUCGGCCUACGACUGCAUCGACCCGCCAGAGCGAGCUGGCGUCGGGACGGGGCCGGCCGGGAGUCGCGGCCGAGCAGACGGCGGAAGGAGAGGCGGGGGGGGCGAGGAGAAGUGGCGGAAGGGGUUCAACAGGACGAGGGGGAGGGGGAGGGGUGGCUCCUGGCGGUUCCGCGGCGAGCAUGCCGAGUCUUGCCAUGGGCAUUGCAGCGUUCCAACAGGUGGCCGGCGCCGGCACCACCAGCGGGGGAGGGCAGGGGGGAGGGCCGGACCCUGGUGUUUCCGCGGCGGCCAUGCCGAGUCUCGCCAUGGAUGUUCCGGCCUUCCCACAGGCGGCCGGCGCCGGCAUCACCCGCGGGGAGGGCGGGCGGGGAGGGCCGGGCGUGGUGUGUCACGGCGAGGAUGCUAAGCCCUGGCGUGGAUCUUUCGGCCCGCCGGGCUGGCGUCACCGGCACUGCUGUGGGUUUCGGCCCAGCACCCACGAACGGGACAUACACGUUGGGGGGCUCCGGCGCACCGCUUCGCUCCCUGAGCAACGCACCUCGAGGUGGGGUGGGUCAAGCUUCGCUCGAUCUCGCGUCCUCGGCUUCCGACGCGACAAAUUCCUGCGCGCCGGAGAGUUUCCAGCAAUCAAGACUGAAUGGAGGAGUUCGGGCCGGCGAAAACCACGGCCAGCCUCUGCCUUCGACGCCUCGAUAUGUAGCAUUUUUGGACCAGGUGCAAUCGCCCCCAAAAAAGAGUCAGGCAGGAUCGAGCAAGAGGAUCACUUGGACGGCCAAGAGAGAUAAGCGUGGUGGAGGGCAGCAUGCAAUUCAGGGAGGAGCCCAAGGGGCCUGGGGCAGCUCCAAUAGAGUUUUGUAGAAU